AGCCGCUCCGGGCUCCGCCGUGCUGCCGCCCCCGCCCCGACCUGCCGCCCUGCCCUCUUGGCAUCCCCAGGGGCCUCCCCGCGCCCCGGGGGCGCCGAUGCCCCGCGGGCCGCUGGACCCGCUGGACCCGCCCGAGGGCGCGUGCCCGCCGCGGGCGUUCUGCGGAGCAGCCGAGCUCGAGGCGCCCCUGAGCGGAACCUGCGAAUGGGCGGGGUGCUCCGGCUCGCGCCGAGUGCGGUGGUGGCGCCGGGCUUGGAAGCUACACGCGGCCGCAGGGGCCGUCGCGGCCUUGCUGAGCGCGGCGCUGGCGCUGGCCAUCUGGCGCAGCGCUGGGCUGCAGUCGGCGCAGAGCCGGGCACCGGAGGCGCCCACGAUGGCGAGCAAGGCCGCCGAGGACCUGCCGGGUCUCCAGGCGACCGGCCCAAAGGCGAUCGAUGCGCCCGGGCUGUCUCUGGCAGGACGGGCGGCCGGGCUCGAGCGGGUGGUGGCGGCCACGACCGCGACGUCGACAACGACCAGGGCCGUGUCGCUCUUCUGUUUCUCCGUGAUGGUGUCCGGCGAGUGGGAGCGGGAAUUGGUGACAUUUCAGCUGCAGGCCAGCGCGGGGAUCUUCGCCUGCGACCGCACGGUAGUCUUCAGCGACGGUCCGAGCCUGGCUCUGGGGAGGGACGCCGAGGGCAACGAUGCUGCCACGUGGCCGCUACGACCCACUUCGGAAGCGCCAGAUUCGCGGGGGCUGGCUCCCUCUUCCAGGACCGCAUCCCGGCUGAGCGCCACCGCUCUCGCACGGGCCUUUGACGAGCUGAUCGGGGACGAGCUGGGCGCCAUGUGGGCCUACGACUGGCUGGUGAAGGCGGACUUGGACACGGUCUUCUUCCCGGAUCGCCUUCGCCUCCACCUCGCCGACCACGGGCGCGGCGCUCGCUACCUCCUCGGCUGUACUCCCCGGCUGCCCGCCCGCGCUCGGCUGCACGGGGCGUUGGCUGCCUUCUCGGCGCCGGCGAUGGAGGCUUGUGGACAACGAUGUGUCCAUUGUCAUGGCGCCCGCAAGUGGAGGCGUACCGGAGGGGCGCGGCGAGGUGUGGCCUGGAGCUCGGGCAGCCUGGCCGCGAGGAGGGCGCGGUGCCGCGGCCGGCCCGGGAGGGGGACGCGGUCAUGCAGCAGUGCCUGGAGCUGCUCGGGGUGGAGGGCCUGUCGCAUCUCGCCGUCCUGGCGGACGAGGAGUGCGUCCCCGCCCCGUGCUCCGACAACUGGAGGGCUGCGUUCCACCCCUACAGGGACGUCUCGAGCUGGGUCGGCUGCUGGCACUGGUCCAACCAGGCAGGACAGCAGCACGGGUCUCGCCUGUAGCGUUCUGCGAGGACGCGGGGUCAGGGACUUAGCAGCGGUUGUGCGGUGCUCCUCCGGAAGCACCAGCAGUAGAUAGGUCUUUUUCUUGCCCAGACGUGAUAAGCGUGCUGGCGUUCAACCUCACGGUAUGUAAAUAUCCAGGGGCACGGCGGCGGAUUUGGCUUUCAAUCUGCCGGGAUGCACGGUUGCGACUGUGUCUUCUCGCUGAGUGCAGUGUUUCACUCCGAACUCAUUCUCUGCCCCUGGGUCGGCGGAUUUGUCACUAGUCCAUCGUGGGCCUGUUCUGCAGCCGCGAUGGGCCUGUGGAGGCAGCCAUGAUGAUAUGUUUUUGUUUGUUUGUUUCAGGGAAGCAGGUCGCGCGUCUGCCGUCACGCGCAUGCUGUUCGCCAAGUCUAGGCGUCUUCGAUCCCUAGGCUCCUCUAGUCCGUAUGCUUGCUCUCGUAGUUAGGCCAAAGUAGUGGUGCGUCCCAUCCCCAAUCACCGCAUUGACGGAUGCCGCCCCCUGCGUGAAGUGACGACGAUUGUUCAGCAAAA